CCUUUCUCCUUCCCUCUCUCCCCUCCCAGCUGAUUCCCCCGUUCCCAUCAGCCUCAGCUCCCCUCCACUAUCUCCGAGCAGCGCAGCCACACCGCACCAGAGCCAGAGAGAGAGCUCUGCGAGGGAAAGCCGCAGCACAAGAGGCAAACCCUAGCACAAAGACUCACUUUCUCCGGAGCAAGCCAAGCCAAGCCAAGCCGGAUAGAUAGAGCAUAGCAUCCGCAUCGCCGCCGUACCCAACCAUGAUCUUCCCCCCUGCCUUCCUGGAUUCCUCGAGCUGGAACGAUAACCAGCAGCAGCAGCAGCAAGCCCACCACCAGGUUGCGGGAGGAGGAGGAGGCGGCGGCGGCGACGGCAAUCAUGAGCUUCUCCAGCCAUCAAUCAUGGGGGGAGCGCUUCCCGAGGGCGCUGGCGGCGGCGGCGGCGCCGGGCAGGUGGGUCCGGCGAAGCCGAUGUCCAUGGCGGAGCGGGCACGGCUGGCAAGGAUCCCGCUGCCGGAGCCGGGGCUCAAGUGCCCCCGCUGCGAGUCCACCAACACCAAGUUCUGCUACUUCAACAACUACUCGCUCUCGCAGCCGCGCCACUUCUGCCGCGCCUGCCGCCGCUACUGGACCCGCGGCGGCGCGCUCCGCAACGUCCCCGUGGGCGGGGGCUACCGCCGCCACGCCAAGCGCGCGAAGCCCAAGGCAGCGGCGGCUGCGUCCGCGGCGACCUCCACCGGAACAGCGUCGGCCACCGCCGCCGCCGCCGCCGGGCUGGCUCCUGCCGGGUCCACGUCGUCGGCCUGCGCCACGACCAACGUGCCCGCGCUCCAGGGCCCCGCCAUGCUAGGCGGCAACCUCUCGAUGCUGCCGCCGCUGCUCCGCCUCGCCGACUUCGACGCCAUGAGCCUCGGCUCGAGCUUCUCCGGGAUGGCCGGGAAGCCUUCCCUCGACGCCGCCGGAGCCUACUCGGUGGGCGGCGGGAGCGGGCUGGAGCAUCAGUGGAGGGUGCAGCAGAUGCAAAGCUUCCCGUUCCUGCAUGCGAUGGACCAGGGCCCGCUGGGCCCACCCCUGGCAAUGACAAUGGCGCCGGGGAUGUUCCAGUUAGGUCUAGACAGUGGUGAUGGCCGCGGUGGCGGCGGCGGCAGCGGAGAAGACGGGUCGGGAGAGCUCCAUGUGAUGCAGGCCAAGAGGGAAGGCGGCUACCAAGCUAGAGGCAUGUAUGGCGAUCACCACUUCGCCGCUGCAGGUUACGCUUCCUAUUCCAACAAUGCUGCUGCAGGUAACCAUCUCUUGUAAUGGUCGAGCUUAAUUCAGGGCAAGCUACGAUCGAUCGAUCCGAUCGUUGUUCCUGCAACUAUUAGCUAGAGGCAGAGUGUGUGAGGAUGGUAUUGUGAUAUAGAAAAAAGCUAGCAUGCAUUUGCAAUGUUUUCUUCUUCAAGAACUGGAAAGAGAGAGAGAGGGAGAGGAGGGGCUCGACUUGGAUAAUGGACGAGCCGUAUGAUGGAUCAUGCACAAGUAUUACCUACAGCUGCUAGUUAGCUUGCAUGAUCAUCACUUGUUCUAUGUUUCUUCUUCUUUUUUAUCUGAUCCUUUUAGGUUUCACUGUCGAUCGAGCAUUUGGGGUGAAGUAAUGUGUACUGCUGUUCAUCAUUUUGUUCAUGGAAACACCUAUCAUAUGUCAAUUAUUCCCCCCCUUUUAACUACAUAUAAAUAGUUCCCUCUC